GGAUAGUCCUGUAGAAUCAUGCUACUUCUGAAUCUAACGCGAAUUAUAGAGGGUUCCUCGAACUAGCUUGCAUGAUGCUUUGGAGUUCAUCAUCUGCUUCAGGUUUCUCCCGUUGCUAGAUGCUACUCCUCUCAGUGUGGCUAAUAAAGAGUUCGAAGAUUCACCAUGGCGGAGACAAGCUCUGGUUCUAUUAACCCACCUUCUUCCACCGUCAAUCCCAUUGAUCACUUUCCUCUCCGCCUUCACAGAUCCGAGAUCGUCAUCCCUGCUCCCACUGGUUCCCAAUGCACCAUCGACUGGCUUCCUGAUUUUUCCGGGUAUUCAUGGAUCGCCUACGGAGCGGCUUCACUCUUAGUCAUCUCCCACUUCCCCUCUCCUCUUUCUGUCGAAGAAUCUCAUAUUGGUCCCAUCUUCCGGCAAGUCUUCGAGCUCUCUGGCGACCCCUCAUCUGUUGUGGCCGCCGUUUCUUGGUCUCCGGGGGUGCCAUCCAUUGGGGAGCUGGCGGCCGCAGCUGAAAAUUGUAUCUGGCUUUUCUCGCAUGAUUCGUCCAAGGGUAAAGGUUCUUUUUGUUGGAGCCAGAAUGCAGUGCUUACACAUUGUAUGAAGGUUGAGGCUAUCACAUGGACAGGAUCUGGCGAUGGAUUAGUAUCUGGUGGAACAGAGGUGGUUUUGUGGAAAAAGAGCAACAGGUGUUGGGAAAUUGUUUGGAAGUUUAAAGCAGAUGAACCCCAAACUCUUGUUUGUGCAAGCUGGUCCAUUGAUGGCCCUUCAGCAACUGCUGCACAUCCUAGUAAACAACAUAUUGAAAGAGAGUCUUUAGCUAAUAAGGUAAGCAAAUGCGUGUUGGUGUGUCAAAGCAAUGGACUUUCUGAAUAUACAAAAUCUAAGCUACAUCAUCCCUUACCCGUCACAAUGAUUCAAUGGAGACCAUUGAGAGGAAUGCCACCAAACCGAAAAGGGAGACACUCAGCUAGGCAUGUAUUACUGACAUGCUGCUUAGAUGGAACUCUAAGGUUAUGGAGUGAGGGUGAUAAUGGAAAAACGAGGAAAACAGGUUACUGCGCUGUUUCUGUCAUUGAGAUUAAUCAAGCCUUGAAUGGAACUCUUGGUGUAGAUAUAUCCGUGACAUGGGGGACAGAAAGUGGGGGGAUAUUUAAAAUUUCUGAAGGGACCAGCCAAGUCUUCUCCAAAGAAGGAUUUGACCAUGAAGUUGGAAAAUGUGAUUGGUUAGUUGGAUUUGGUCCUGGAAUGUUGCUUAGCUUAUGGGCCAUCCACUGUCUUGAUGAUCUCUGCCCACUUAGAUUUCCCCGAGUUAAGUUAUGGAGGAGACAUGAACUCUGUGGCCCUGAAACAGGGAAUCUAUAUAGGUUUGACUCAUCUGAUUACAAAAAGGUAUUACUUCUGAAUAAAGUCAUUUUAUUGAGGAACUGCUGGUCUGGUCCGCCAGUUAUAUGCUCUCCAGUCCAGUUAUUGACGUCCAAUUCCUUGAUCCGGUCAUUUGUUUAUAUUCAAACACUACAUGAUGCUGUAAAAAACUCCCUUGAUGAUACCAACACUGGGAACAUCUCACAUUUGAAGGGUGGAGUUUUAAAUUUGGAUGGUCAUGUUGGGAGAAUUUUAAAGGUUUCUAUUCAUCCUUCUGCAUGUGAAGUUCAAAUUGCUGCUUCUCUGGAUUCUAAUGGACUGCUCCUUUUUUGGUCACUUUCUAGGAUUCCAAACUGCACUGUGGGAUGUCCAACCUUGAUUCCCACUUGGCAACUGUGUGGAAAGCUUGUAACACAUGACCGUUGUUCCAUGUAUACAAGCUUGAGGUGGGCACCUUCAGUAUUGGAUGAUGAACAGGUUCUUUUCAUGGGACAUGCCAGAGGGAUUGAUUGCUUUAUUGUCAAGUUUUGUCAAACUGAAGAAGAAAAUAUACAACACCACUACUUUUGCACUAUACCUUUCAGCGGUCAUGGUCCUUAUGAGGAUGGCCCUACUGAUAUCUUUGCAAUUUCUUUGGACUCCACUUGUAACAAAACAUUUUCUGACAAUAAGCUUAUGCUUUUGGCAAUUUGGAUGCGGGGAUUUCAGGCCUUGUCAUGGGAAAUUACCUUGCACUCAUUUGACAUGUCAACAAGCUAUUGUGAAUGCAAUUUUGAUGUUAAGAGUCUUGCUGACCACAGUAUUUGGGCAUUUGAAAGUGCUUUUGCUGGUAAAAGAUACUGCAUUAGUGUCAAUCCUUGUUCAUCUGAGUUUUCUAGUACUCUUAAUAAUGAUCCGGUUACUAGCUUUGCUGUGGCUUGUCCAGCUACUCUUAGCCAGAGACAACAAAAAUUUUGUUUUGCAAAUGACCAUUGUAGCUGUUAUCCUGCAUAUAUCCUCAUCACAGGCUGCUCUGAUGGCAGCUUGAAACUGUGGAAAAGUAAGCAUGGUAACAGAUCAACCUUGCACUUGCCAUGGGAGCUUGCUGGUAUGUUUGCUGCACAUGAAGGUCCCGUCAAUGGUAUAGGUUUGACUGAUUGUGGUCAGAAGAUCGCUACAUUCUGCAACAGGAGUAAUUCAAAUGCAGUUAGUGCCAUCCAUAUAUGGCAUGCUGUAAACCUGACCAGUGCGGGGACUUUUAUUUUGGAGGAUAAGCUAACCUUUGAUAGUGAUGUUGUUACUCUAAACUGGUUCACUUUGGGAACUGGCCAGUUAUUGCUUGGAGUAAGUUUGCGAAAUGAAUUGCAAGUAUAUUCUCAGAGGCGUUAUGAUGGUUCAGCUUUCUUAACCUCUGGAAACUUUUCCAAAAUGAAUAUAUGGGUUUGCAUAGCAUCUGCUCAUACCCCCAUUCCCAUUCAUGACUUCUUGUGGGGGCCCAGAACCACAGCAGUGGUAAUUCAUAGACAUUACUUUACUAUAUUUAGUAGUUGGUUGUUCCAUGUGGAUGAGAAGCAACAAAGUAAUCCUCAUUCAUGUGAGUCAAAGGCAAAUCUCUAUAACUAUGAGGGCGGUGCAUUUGAAGACAUGCUUUCUACAGUUUUCUCUGAUGGUGACAUAGGUGCCUUCAGUGAGCUGUCAACUGGGGAUAGUAUUGGAGACCCUGAGUCUAUGCAUCCUAUCAAAAGUAGUAUGAAGACCAAUGAGCUAGAUACCAGCUUGCUUCUAGCUAAGUCUCAAAUGGAAGCUCAACUUAGUACCCACACUGGUGUAUGGAGCAUCUUUGAAAUUGUGGAAAAAUUAAAUGGAUCUUUGCCUAUUUAUCACCCUGAUUUACUCCUUAUUAAUAUAAGUUCAGGCAACUGGAAACGUGCAUAUGUGGCAGUGAGGCAUCUUUUUGACUUUUUGAAUUCUAAUUAUGCUCCUGAAAACAGUUGUAUCUCCAAAAAAAUUGGUCCUCCAGUGAUCUUACUGUCAAAUUAUUUAGAAGGACUUGUUUCAAAAGGUUCCCAGGAUAGGGAAUUCCAAUGGAGUGGGGAUGCUGCUUCGAUCUCCCUCUCUCAAAGUAGCUUCGUGCAGUUUCCAUAUCCUUCAGGCUUCACUGUUGAAAAUACAUCCUCAACAAAAUCUGAGCUCGAUGGCUUCACCAGAUCCCUUGAAAAUUUGCCUGGCUUAGAAGCUAUUAUUAACAUAAAAAAGACACAGAUUCUUGCAGUUAUUGAUCUGCUCAGUGAAGUUAAUAAUCUACACUCAUCUUCUGCAUAUCAAAGUCUUGAUGAGUCUGGACGAAGGUUUUGGGUCGGAUUAAGGUUUCAGCAACUGCUGUUUGUCCAGACUUCUGGUAGAGUUGCAACUGCGGAAGAGUUGAUAGUUAACUCGAGGUUGUUUGUAUGGGCUUACCACUCUGAUUGCCAAGAAAGUUUGUUUAGUUCUAUCAUACCUAGUGAAGCAUCUUGGAAAGAAAUGCGAGCUUUGGGUAUUGGCUUUUGGUUUGCCAAUGUACCUCAACUGCGUUCUCAGAUGGAGAAACUGGCAAGGGCACAGUAUUUGAAGAACAAAAAUCCGAAGGACUGUGCACUACUAUAUAUUGCACUAAAUAGGACUCAAGUAUUGGCUGGCCUUUUCAAAAUUAGUAAGGAUGAGAAAGACAAGCCUUUAGUGGGAUUUCUCUCGCGCAAUUUUCAGGAUGAGAAAAAUAAGGCAGCUGCUUUAAAAAAUGCUUAUGUCUUAUUGGGGAAGCAUCAGCUGGAACUGGCUAUUGCUUUCUUUUUGCUUGGAGGUGAUCAUUCUUCUGCUGUAAAUAUUUGUGCAAAGAACCUUGGGGAUGAACAGCUUGCAUUAGUUAUUUGUCGACUUGUUGAGGGCCAUGGCGGAUCAUUGGAGCGUCACCUGAUAUCAAAUUAUAUACUUCCAUCUGCAAUUGAAAAGGGGGACUCCUGGCUUGCAAGCCUACUGGAGUGGGAACUGGGUAAUUACUAUCAAUCGUUUCGGAGAAUGCUGGAUGUUUCAAUAAAUCCUGAAGCUCAAGACCCCACUGUUUUCUCCAACUGUGAUCCGUUUUUGGACCCAAAUGUUGGCUUUUACUGCCAAAUGCUUGCGACAAAGAAUAGCAUGAAGAAUGCUGUAGGGGAGCAAAAUUCAGCUAUGCUUCUAAGAUGGGCUACUCUUAUGACAGCAGUUGCCUUAAACAGAUGUGGUACUCCUCUUGAAGCAUUGGAGUGCUUCUCGUCUUCUCCAAGCACAGUCGAAACUGCAGAUCAAGGGAGUGAGUUGGGUGCUGGAAAUGAGGCGCUAUUUAAUAUUUUUAAUCCUUUGCCAAGAAAAUCUGCUAACUGGCUAUCUGCUGAUGUGUCUGUGCAUCUGGAAUUUCAUACUAAAUUGAACUUGGCGCUUCAGUAUUUAUCAAAAUUGACAAGAGAGCAUCCAGGCUGGCCAGAUAACAUUGCAGGAUGCAGUGGGGAAUUGGCGUAUUCUGACGAAAAAAUUGUGCAGUAUGAUAAAUCACUUGAAAAUUUGAGGCAAAAAUUGUAUUCCGGGCUUGCUCUGUUUGAACAGAGGUUUUCAUUGGCUCAAUUCUGUUUACUAAGAAUGAUUUUACUCUCCCUUUGCCAUCAAGGAUUACUGAGCAUAGGAUAUGAUAUAGCAUGUGGUUUUGUUCCAGGAGAUCAAUCUCAUAAGAAUAGUGAUACAGUUGGUGCUUCCGCAUUGUAUUCCUCCUGGCUUAGACCUCUCUUUAAGUCUACAAUAGAUAUCUCCCAUUUUUUUUCAAGAUUCUUUUCUGCCUGCAGUAUGGGUAACUCCCAACAAAGUAUAACCUCUUUUGAGAACAAUGUAUGUAUUGAAAAUAAAUUGAAGUUUUCAAGUGCUUGGCAGUCUCCCUUUGUCAAAAGUCUCCUGAUUUCACUUUGGUAUUUAAAAGCCAUUUUGAAGAUCCGGUUUGGUUCUUCUAGCAAAAAUAUUAUGGACAAAAUUGUUGGUAUUCUUGAUUUGUUUGAGUAUUAUUUGCUCUUUUCAUUAGCUUGGCUUCAAAAGAACUUAGAAGCUGUUUUCUUAAUGUUUCAACCUUUCUUGGUUGCACGUGUUGAUGGCCACAACCCUUAUGAGGUUGAUAUGUUGAAUCUGAAGAAAGUCAUCCCAAAAAUUAUGGAAUUGGUGGCUCAACAUUCUUUGAAAGACCAUGCCUCAAAAUGUGGGCAAGAUAUACAAGUUGUGAAUGUAAAGCAGUUGAUUCCUGAUGAUGAAAAAUCGAUGAUUUUGGGGGCUUGCUUAUGGCAGAAAAUGUCUAGAUUCAUGAUAUAUAAAUUGAAUAUGAUUCUGGAUACACUUGAAGAUGGUCAUUUGCCUGGUUCUUUCCACAGAAAGUAUGAUUGUGAGGCAUCAACUCUCCUGAGUAUGGGUUCUGAUGGUACCUACUUGCUGGAGCAGAUGAGGUUGGUUUCAUUGAGCUUAUGUGAGUUACUGAAGACAACUGUUACACACACUUCCUCUUAUCACACUAAACAACUAGCAGCAUUUCUCUGGCAGAAAUUGGAAAAUGAUCUGAGUACAAUGACUCUUGAAUGGUUAAAAAGACCUAGUUUGUCAGAAUCUAAUCAGGAUCAAGGUCAAGGGAUUAUCAAUUUGGAAUUGGUGAAUACAAAAGAUAAGUACUUGGUUUAUCAACUAUUAUGGGAUCAUUGUGCUGAUCCAAAAUUGAUAUCUGACUGCUUUGCUCAUGAAAGACUUGAUUGGUCAAAUUAUUUGGAUCAUGUGCCUGCUAAAGGAUGGAAUGACGUGUAUAUAAAAUUGACAGAGCUACAUAAAACUGAUGAUACACAUGAUUAUGGAUGUAAAGUUGGCAAUAGUUCUUCUGGUCAUGGAGUUGUAUCACCUGUUAAAAGAGUAUUUCAAGGUGCCCAUGCUUCUGUAAGUUCCCACCAGAAAGAUACGAGUAGUAAAAGCAUUACAAUUUUCCAGAGCCCUAGAGAAAUAUACAAGAGAAAUGGGGAACUGUUUGAGGCAUUGUGUAUAAACUCCACUAAUCAAUGGGAAGCUGCACUUGCUACCAAUAGGAAGGGCAUACUAUUCUUUCAUAUGGAUGGUGGGAUACCUUCUGGUAAUAAAUCAGUUCAUUUGUGGUCUGAGGCUGAUUGGCCACAAAAUGGGUGGGCAGGUUCAGAAUCCACCCCAGCUCCAACGUGUGUUUCCCCUGGUGUUGGUCUUGGGAGCAAGAAAGGGGAACACCUUGGGCUGGGUGGAGCAACAGUUGGCGUGGGCCUUUCAGCAAGGCCUAGCAGAGACUUGACAGUUGGUGGAGCUUUUGGCAUUCCCGGAUAUGCUGGAACUGGGGCUGCUAGAUUAGGUUGGGAAAUUCAAGAGGAUUUUGAAGAUUUAGUCGAUCCACCAGCAACUGUGGAAAACAUAAGUACAAGGGCGUUAUCCAAUCAUCCAUUGAGGCCACUCUUUUUGGUUGGUUCAAGCAAUACACACAUUUACCUGUGGGAGUUCAACAAGGAUAAAGCUAAAGCUACAUAUGGAGUUCUGCCUGCUGCUAAUGUGCCUCCACCUUAUGCUUUAGCUUCUGUAUCAGCUUUAAAGUUUGAUCACUAUGGACACCGGUUUGCAAGUGCAGCAUUAGAUGGAACCGUCUGUGCAUGGCAGCUGGAGGUAGGAGGAAGGAGCAAUGUUCGUCCAACAGAAUCAUCCCUCUGCUUCAAUUGUCAUGCAUCGGAUGUAACUUACUUUCCUUCAAGUGGAUCAAUAAUAGCUGUGUCUGGAUAUAGCUCAAACAAUUUCAAUGUGGUUAUAUGGGAUACUCUUGCUCCUGCAACAACCUCUCGAGCUUCAAUUUUAUGUCAUGAAGGUGGUGCUCGCUCCCUUUCUGUAUUAGAUAAUGACGUGGGAAGUGGUUCUAUUUCCCCUCUUAUUGUGACUGGUGGUAAAAAUGGUGACGUUGGAAUUCAUGACUUCCGUUAUAUAGCUACUGGAAAAGCUAAAAGGCACAGAUAUGCUGAUAAUGGCGAACAAAGCACCCCCAGGUCCUUGAAUUCUGACAGGGACAAGAAUGUAAAUGGGAUGCUUUGGUAUAUUCCGAAGGCUCACUCAGGGAGCAUCACAAAAAUAGCUGCCAUCCCAAAUACCAGCUUGUUUUUGACUGGAAGUAAGGAUGGAGAUGUCAAACUCUGGGAUGUCAAGAGCACUCAGUUAGUCUGUCAGUGGUCAAAAUUACAUGAAAAGCACACCUUCCUGCAGCCAAGCUCUCGUGGAUUUGGUGGUGUUGUUCGGGCGGCUGUUACAGAUAUCCAAGUCGUUUCUCAUGGUUUCCUUUCGUGUGGUGGGGAUGGAACUGUAAAGUUGGUGCCCUUGAAUAGGAACAUGCUUCGUCAUGAAGUCAAAUUAUGAUAUUUCUGAGGCACAUGCUCCCACGCUGCAAAUCUAUUCCACAAAGGUAUCAUCAACGAGAAGUUUCUAAACUUUUAUGGAUAACUGACUCAAUCUCUUGGCAUUAAAUUCUGCCAUUUUUGCAUGAAGGAAUUCUCCAGUAUAUUCAGAACUUCAGAGACCAAAGAUGCGUUAGCUCCUACAGAAAGAGGAAGUAGUCCUUAACUUGGACGAGCAUUGGAUCAUGUAUCAUGAACUUCUCAUCUAUGUGAACGCAUUGCUUCUUUGAACAGAAUAUACAUUGAUUUUGACUUCAGUCCCUCCUUUCUGAGAAAAACCGGAGUUCUCUCAACGUAAGGAAACCCCGAGCCUGACGAGAUUUUGAGGGAACGCUGGUGUUUUUGUUGUUGGUUUUGGUUGACAUUGUUAAGGGAGCUCAUACGUAGAAAGAAACAGAAUUCUAGUUUGGCCUUUUGACUAUUAGGCUUCUUAAUUGACUAGGUUUUAUGUACAUUUGUACUCAUGCCUUACGAUCCAUAUAUAGAAGGGAAUUCUUUCAUUUGCUUCAAGUUAUAGUAUUUGAUUA